AUGGAAAACAAAAUAUCGUUUUUUCGCGAGUAUGAUAACGUCAAAGAGAAAGUAGAACUGAUUAGACGGUGCCUCGACCAGGAUGACGAUAACGAAGUGAUAAAAAAUUUCACCCCCAUUUUGGAAAAUUUCAAUUAUUUAAACAAUUGCCUGAAUAGCUAUAGGGAAGCCAAAACCGUGUUGGACCCACACCUGACUCUACUGGUGGAGCCAUUUCUAAAUUUUUUAAAAAAAAGCCUCACCCUGUUGACAAGGAUUCUAUCUCAUUAUAAGAAGCAGUUGGAGGGAGCACAUGGUGAUAGUGAACACAUAAAAGGGGUAGUUUUGGCGGAAAGGGGAUUUUCAAAUCAUGUGGGAGAUAGCCAACAGGGGGAAAAUGAAACGAGUUGCAGUAGCAACUGUGAGGACAAGACACACAUUGAGUCAAACGGAGAAGCAGAAAACUGUCUAGGAAGUCACGCUGAAAAGGAAGAGAAGGGAAAGAGUAACAAAAUUUUACAAAACACAAAGGAGGAGGAAACCCUUCUGAAAAUGUACACAGUGAUAGAGGAGGUAUACAAAUAUUACAACACACUAAUAUCAGUGAGGGGAGAAAAAAAAAUUAAAACUUUAUUUCCAUGUGAUUCAUUCUGCUUAAGUGAAAUAGUUAACUUGUUGCUGAAUGUGAAGGAAGAGGAAUUCGUUUUUAAUCACUUGACAAAUUUGAAGUACAACAAAAUGGAUGAUGGGAACAACGCAUGGGUCAUUUUGUACAUCCUACUUAUAUGGCUUUCAUUCUGCAUGUACAUCCCCUUUAAUCUAGUGUCUGUUAGUAAAAAUAUUCUAGUCAACAUUGAAGAAAUAUUUUACUACUACGUAGGGAAGAAUGAAAAAGCGAAAGAAGCAUGUUCUAUUUUGUAUGCACAAUUUUUAAGGAGGGAUGAUGUACAUCAUGAGAAAAUUUACUUCACUAACUUUAUCCUUUUUUCCAAAGAACUUAUGUUAAAAUUGGUGGAAAUAAAUUCGUGCGUGGCUAAGAAGAAAGCACAGCUUAAUGAUGAUGUGUUUGUAGUGACCAGUGCAAAUAUUGCUUCCGGGAAGUGUUAUGUUAAAUUCAGUAAUAUAGUUUUAUGCGGAGUUUUACUAACUCAUAAAAGGUUGUUGAAAAGGGGUGAGAAAAGGGUGUUAAGAAAUUAUGCCAAUUUUUAUAAUUUUUUUUUUAUUCAAAAUCAUCUCCAUUUGGACUUUACACAAAUGUCCAAGUCGCUGAAGAUUCUUUGCCUCGGUUAUUACGCCUCGUUAUUUUUGGAGAAAUCUUCGGGCACGUCCCUUCCUAGUGGGCAGGCAGCUAAAAGUAGUGAGGCAGCUAAACAUAGUGAGGCUGCUCCUAAUGGCACAUUUUCCCAGAGGGGGCCGCCCCCUUCUCCCCGUGGGAAGACACCACAGCGUGACGUCAGCCCCAGCGAGCCUGUUCACUCCGACCUGUUCGAAAAAUUCCCUCUACAUUUAAACAUCAACGAGGUGUUUACCAUGUACCAGAAGGAAACGAAGGAGGGAUGGAUUCCACAGCCAAAAAGAGAAGAACAAGUCCUUCCCACAAAUGCACAAAAAAAAUAUACCUCUGAAAAAGACAUCCUACAAAUAUUAAACCUCCUGUUUUAUUAUUUUAACGACAGUAGUACCUACAUUCGGUGGUGCCUCUCCAAAAGCUUCGGAAAUAUAUUAUCCCAUCUGAGCAUGCAAAAUGUUCGUGUGAUAAUAACAAAAUUUAACAAGCUAGCCAAAUACAACGAUUACAAUAUUUGGUGUACCAUUAAUUACACCUUAUUUCAUUACCUCUUUGGCAAGACAAGUGUGUGUACAGAAAUUAUUAACUUCCUUCUUCGGAAAAUUGUAGGAAGUUUGUAUACGAACAAGGAUAAAAUUUUUGCGAGCACAUUUGUUCUGUUGUAUAGUCUCUUCAAGUACAAUAAGUUUAUUCAAAUACGUUAUGAGCAGAAUGAGAAGGGGAUUCAAUUUUUUUUUUUCCACCUGAUAUUCUCCAAGUUGAUAGUUCUGUCUUUAUUCGAGGAUAAUAUAAAUUUGAGGAAGUCCGCCAUGUCGCUGCUGCAAAUUUUUAUUGGCAAGUUUAAUUUUCUUUACCAAUUUGGUGAGUACUCACUGGGUGGUACCUCGGCGGGGGAUUCCCCCAACAACAGGGAGAUAUUCUUCAACGAUAUGGUUACAUUUGUGAGCUUGUUUUUUAGCUGCGAUGCGGUAAGUGCGUACUAUGAGGGGCUGCAGAAGGGGCAGCUGGGCGGUGUAGAGGAGGAGGAUAAUGAUGUAAAGGAAGGCGGCUUCCCAGAGGACCAAACCCCACAUAUGGGUACCAGAAAACUGCUGGAGGAAUCCAAACAGGACAUUUUCAACAUGAACAUUGAUAUUCUGUCGACCUGCAAUUUCAGCGAACUCAUUAAUUUGAAAAAGUCCAUCAUCAUAAAAACAAAGAAUGUGUGCAAAUUCGUUUUGUACAAAUAUCCAGUCAUUUUCCACUUAUAUUCCUUUAAGCUUUUUCACGAAAAUGUAAACAUGAGAUUGCUUUCAGCCGAAUCGCUAGCUAAUCUCUCCUCCGACAAUGGAGAGUACUUCAUACAAGUAGUUCUUCCCUUCUUGGUGAAAAAAAGCUACGAAGAAAAUGUGUGGACAAAGCAUGGAUCCAUCACAUGCAUUUCCAAAAUAUUGUUAAAAUUAAAACAACAUAUUGAUGAAAAUUUACAAAAUGAAAUUAAAAAAAUUAUAAUUUUUAAUGAAAAAAAAAGAAUAUAUAAAUUUAAAAAGGGAGAAAUUCUAAGGCAUUCAAUAUGUCUACUCAUACAAAGCAUAUGUCAAUGUGAUUACUUCUUGGUAAAGGAGAAGACACACUCAUUCUUUCUCGACAUUUUACAAAAUAAUUUAUUCCACUACAAUGAAAUUAUACAAUAUGAAGCAUCCAAAAUAUUUUUUUACUUGCCCAUAUGUCUGUUACCAAGAAACAAAGCCAUUCAUUACAUAUACAAUAAUAUUAUCUUAAAAAUUGUAAAGGAGAAGGAUAAUUUCCUCCAUUUGAAGGGUUACUUCAUUCUCCUUUUGUUCGUUAGCGAAGAGCUCAUUCCGGACGUUUCUUCCGACCUGAUUAAAUUGUUCUACUAUAUCUUAAAGAAGUGUUCCUCUCAUUACAGGAUAAAGAACGCUCUCCUGAAGAAGGAUUAUCAGAUGGACUCCUCACCUGAUCUCAAUAUAGAAAAACCGGAUGUAACAAACAACAACCCUAUUCAGAAUGAUCCUUUUUUUUUUAAAAAAAUAAACUUUGAACUAUACCCUAUUGAUUUUAACAUGAAGAUAUUUUGCCUCCUCGCUUUGUUUAACGUGGUGGACAAAUUGAGGAGAAAAUACAUAUCCCAAUUUUUGUUCCUUUACGAAGAAUGUACUACCAGCUUUAGGGGCCUCAUCAGGUCCAAAAAAGGGGGUAAUAGACAAAAGAGUUCUCGCGUUAAUAGUUGUGAAAGUAGUAUCGGAUGCAACUCUUGUUCCAACAUAAACGUUGCCAAUGAAGAGUCAGAUGGAGAAUGUACAAAUGGGUACUCUGGUGAGGAAGGCGAUGGUGGAGCCACGACUGCUGGGAAGAAGUGGCCUUCCUUCGGGGACAACUCAACCAUGGGAAGUGACGGAGAAGUAUAUUCAACAAUGUUGAAAUGUGCAUGUGACAAAACGGUAGAAAUAGGGGAUAUAGAAGCGAAAAAGAAGAAAAGGGAAAAACGAAGGAAUACCUCCUUUUAUAUGAAGCCAAAAGUCAAACUUGUUAAGAAGAACAUCACCUGGGAGGAAGUUAUACAGGAAGGGAAAAAACAAAACAAGGAUAUUUUGCCGUUAUCAUUAGAUAUUAAUAAAAUAGCAAAAGUACUGAUUUUAUACUUGCAGGAAUAUGUGUACGAGAGUGACAUAGGCGAUUCGCACGUCUUCGUUAGGGAGAUAUGUCUCGGUCUAACCGCCUUUCUGUUAACGUCAUACCCGCUGUACUUUUUCCAGCGUGGUAACAUCGUGCAGGGAAAGAGUAGAGCGAAAGAGACAGCAACUAAGGGAAGAGCUAAGGUGGGCGUAGAACCGCAACAAACGAGUGUGAACAAUGAGCUAACCCCAAAUGUAAGGACAAACGGGGAGAAGAAUCACACCAAGGAAGAACCCACCCAGAAUUACUUCUACGAGCAGUUCGACUCUGAUGAUAGUGGAGAGGACGAAAGCAGUAAUGCGGAAGAAUGUGCACACGAAAAGCAUGAAAGGGAGGUCAACUCUCACACAGCAGUUGGAGAGGACCAAGUUGUCCUUAUGUAUGUCCUUUUUGAGAUUAAGAAAAAAUAUAUAAACAUACUAACCCAGUUGAUGCUAAAAUUAUUGUGUGAAAAAAAUAUCAGGACAAAUAAAAUGUGCUUAUUCCUUUUGAAUUACCUGUACAAUUAUGCUACUUUUAAUGCCUGUGGGGAGAUGGAGACGUUCGAAUUCUCCAACGUCUUCAACAAAUACUGCCAUGAUUUCCCAUACGAACUUUAUCUUAAAAAGAAAAUGGAUGAUAAUGUAAGAAAAAGUAAGCGUAACAUUUAUGAAUACUUGAGGACAUCCUGCACGAAUAUUUACAACGUCUUUAAUAAUGUUACGGUCCAUUUGUGUGAUUAUUACGAGCCUAUAUAUUUGAAGGGCCACGGGGGAGGCUCCAGUGUAAAUUAUGUUAAUCGUUCGAAUGAAAAGAGGCUAAAAAGUUAUCCCGUGGGAACCAUGAACAAUCCCUGCACUUGCAAAUACGAGGAGGAAAUCACCACGCUGUUCCUGAACCGCCCUUACAAAUAUGGGCUCAUCAAAACUGUUUUUAACAAAAUUAAUAAUUUCAUUUAUUUGUACAACUAUGCUUUGAAGUACACGAGUUUUUCCGUUUUCCACAAGAACAAGUUUGCUUCUACGAGGAAGGGCCUCAUGCGCGGACAGGCCUGCUCGGCAGACCCCAGCGCAUUGAACACGGUUGGAAGCGCCACCCCCACUAGCAGUAGCGCCGCUGCAACUGCUAACUCCCCCCGGGGAGACCUCCAAUUCGAGAACAUCCUCAUCAACAACGACUUUGUGGACGACAUAAACCUAAGCGAAUGUGAAGAAAAGGUAUGGGUCGAGGAGCAAAAUUUAAUAAAAGACGUUCAUUUCUUGCUAGACAAAACGAAAAAAAAUAUCAGCGUAAUUAAAUGCUUGGAGUACAGCGAAACGCACCUCUACAGUCACAUUUUUUAUUUGCUCUUCUUAAAUAAAUAUAAUUAUUACCUGAUCAGCGGGUUUUUUAACACCCUGUGUUACUACACCUCUCACACCGAGUAUAGCAAUUAUGCCUACACUAAUGUGAUGAAGACGGGAAAGGAGAAGUCUAUUGAGUUUUUAUUUUUCGAUUUCCUCGUCCGAUACAAAGAUGUGUGCACCUUUGGCUACAUCCGGGACGACGUCCUGUUUCUCUACAUUAGGUACUACAGGAAGUUUUAUAUGGGCUGCGGCUACGCGGAGGUCAGUGAGAUCAUGCGUGCGUUCAACGAGGGGAGAGUUGCGCGCAGAAGGCACAACGCGGGUGGUGACAAGUGUAGCGGUAAGAAGCACGAUGUGGAUGUGGAUACAGAUGAGCGUAAAGACGGUGACGCGCGGGAACCCCCAUUUCCCCUCCACCUUCACAACAUCAACUUGGGAGAAAUACUUGCACUCGAAAAAAGGGAAGACCAGGUUGCCUUUUUAAAAAAUAUAUUUUAUAAUUAUAACAUAUUCUUCGACAGAAAUGUAAUUAUUUUGACUGAUGAAGAAUGCGGUGGUGAGGGGAGCACGAAAUGCGAGUUGACAGAGGGAAAGACAAAAAAAAAAAAAAAAAAAAGGAGACAGGCAAAUAAACAAAUAAAAAAAAAAUAUCAACACAAAAUUGAAUUAUUAGAAUAUGUCAACAUUUGCUUAAUUAAAAUUUUAUACUACUUGAAUAAUUUCAACUUAAUACAACUGGAGACAUUUUUAAAAAGUGUUAAUUCUUUUGUGAAGUUUUCCCUAAUGAAUAAUUUUACGGCCUUUUGUUUUUUAAACUUUUUCCUGUCCACAUUCGAAAAAUAUGGAACCUUUGCGCUCGUUCGAACGAUUUCGGAGUUGACAAUAAAUAUUUUCAUGUGUGCAACUCUGAACUUGAAUGUUAAGCGGCUGGCCUUCUUCCUGGUCCUGCAUAUGCUCCUACACAGAUACCCCAAGAUCCGGGAAUUCACCAACGAGUACCUCUACGCGAACGUUAAUUUUAUUUCCCCAGACGAGCUACGAAGAUUUAGAAGAAAUAAUUUCCAUUUUGAUCAGCACGCAAUUUUCUGA